UACCUAGUACACAGUCAUCCUGGCCGCGGUUAUUUAACAGCUGGGGGGGAAAUCAUCGUUAAUGUCCUAGCGACAGUGCUGGGCGCUUGUUGUGGGCACUGCGGUUAGUGAGGGCGACAUGAAUAUCAUACGAAAUAUUACCGCGGUUGCUGUCCCGAGGCUCAGUAGGGGCUUUUCGGCAUCUUCUGAAAAUGCGAAAUACUCCUGUAAACUACUGGUGGUGGGGGGAGGGUCAGGAGGUUGCACAAUGGCUGCUAAGUUUGCCCGCAGAUUUCCAAAAGAUGCAGUGAUUGUUCUUGAACCAAGCAAGGAACAUUACUACCAGCCGCUAUGGACGCUAGUCGGCGGUGGCGAGUUCAAGGUCAAAGAUACGGUCCGGCUGGAAGCAGACGUACUGCCUAAGAAGGCGAAGUGGGUCCAGGACUAUGCUGAGGAAGUCGUGCCCGGAGACAACCUCGUCAAGACUAGGGAAGGCCACGAAAUCCAUUACGAGUACAUCAUCAUUGCCGUCGGGAUCGAUAAUGCUUAUGAGAAGGUACCGGGACUGUUGGAGGCUCUAGAAGACAAGAACAGCGCUGUAUCAACAAUAUUUUCGCCCGCGUACUGCGAGAAGACGUUCGAGGACAUCAAAAACUUCAAGGGAGGGAAUAUGUUGUUCACAUACCCCAACUCGCCGAUGAAGUGCCCCGGGGCGCCGCAGAAGAUCGCAUAUCUAGCCGAGUCUUAUUUAACUGCAAAGACGGAUCUCCGUUCAAAAACGCACAUAUCGUACAACACUUGCAUGCCGGUCAUAUUUGGUGUGAAGAAGUACGCGGCGGAGCUGGUGAAGGUGGCCAAGCGGAAGAACAUCGAUGUCAGGUACCGGACCGUGCUCAAGGCAGUCAGACACGACAAGAAGGAGGCUGUCUUCUAUAAUAAACUUGAUGAUGAGAAGGAAGAUACAUCAAAUUCGCAGCGGGACAUUGUCUACCCAUACGACAUGCUGCACGUGGCGCCGCCGAUGCAGCCGCCGCCGUUCCUCCGGAACAACAUCUGCAUAUCGGACACAUACGGGUACCUCGACGUAGACAAGUACACACUUCAGCACACCAAGUACAGCAACAUGUACGGCAUCGGCGACUGUAUUAAUACUCCCAACAGCAAAACUGCGGCCGCUAUCGCGAAGCAAUGCUACGUGUUAGAACACAACCUUCUCCGUACGAUGAAGAAUGACAGCCCUAAAGAGAAGUACAACGGGUACGGGGCGUGUCCGCUGCUGACGUCAUACAACACUUGCAUAAUGGCAGAGUUCGUGUACGACGGUGUGCCAAGGGAAGCAUGUGACAGAUGCAAGUUGCUGGUGGUGGGCGGCGGGACGGGCGGCUGCAGCGUGGCGUGGCGCUUCUCACGGAAACUGCCUAAGAAGUGCAUCAUCUUGCUGGAGCCAUCUAAAAUACACUACUACCAGCCCGCCUUCACGCUCAUAGGAGCCGGCAUUAUGAAGAUGAAGCAGUCCCACAGACCGCUCUCGAAGAUCAUCCCCCGAGGAGUCACGUGGCUGCACGACGCUGCACAGAACUUCGAGCCCUGUGAGAACAUGGUGUACACCAGGAACGGAGACAAAAUACAGUACGAGUAUAUGGUGGUAGCCAUUGGGAUCUAUAACGAUUAUGACCAGAUAGCCGGUCUGAAAAGAGCUUUAGACGAUCCCAGAGUCCCGGUUUCCACAAUAUAUUCACCGGACUACUGCCUCAAGACUUGGAAGUCCAUCAAACAGUUCAGAGGGGGUCAUGCGGUUUUCACCUUCCCCGCCGUUGGGGGCAAGUGUUCCGGGGCGUCCAUGAAGAUCAUGUUUCUGGCUCAUGACUAUUGGAGAAAGAAAAAGAUAUUAAAAAAGACUAGCAUCACAUACAACACGAGCUCGGAGUCCUUGUUCGGUAUUCCGAAGUACGCGAUAGCCCUGAGAAGACUGACCAUGAAUCGUCGCAUCGUGCCCAACUACUGCACCGAGCUCGUGCAGGUCACGCCGCAGGAGGCCACGUUCUUGUGCGUCGGGGGACAGACGAUAUCCUUUCCCUACAACUUGCUGCACGUGACGCCGCCGAUGUCCGCGCCGACAUGCCUGCGCCAGUGCUCGCAGCUCACCAACGAGAGCGGCUUCCUGGACGUGGACCAGUACAGCCUGCAGCACAGGCGGUUCCCCAACGUGUUCGGAGUGGGAGACUGCACUAGCACGCCUAAUAGCAAGACCGCCGCUGCUGUUGCCCCCCAAAGCUACGUGGUGGAGCGUAACCUAUCCAGCGUGAUGUCAGGGCGGCGGCCAGGCGCGCGCUACAGCGGCUACGGCGCCUGCCCGCUCAUCACCUCCUACAACAAGGGCAUGCUCGCAGAGUUCGGCUACGACAAGAAGCUCUACGAGACUUUCCCGUUUGAUCAGUCGAAAGAGCGUCGCAUACUGUUCCAGUUGAACAAGCGAGUGUUCCCUCAUAUAUACUGGAAGGCGCUAGUGAAGGGCAGGUGGAACGGAGCGGGGACCAUCCGGAGAGUUAUCAACCCUCUUGGAUUAUAACAUGUAUCUCAUAUAAAUAUUUUAUUAAAACAUUUUAUACAACUUA